GUUGGUGAGAUGAUGAUCGUCGUGAACGAGGAGUCAGCAAAGACAGAGAAGGUGAAGGAGGUGGUGGCAGCUGACGAGGCUGUCGCUAGUGAGGCGGCCGGGCAGGCCAACGCCAUCAAAAAGGAGUGCGAAGAAGCCCUGGCUGAAGCCAUGCCGGCCUUGAACGAAGCACUGAAGGCCCUGGACACCCUUUCUGGCAAGGAGAUCGCUGAGGUUAAGGCCAUGAAGAAUCCAGCAGCGCCCGUUCGCCUUGUCCUGUCAGCCGUCUGCGUGCUGCGCAAUGUCAAGCCAGUUCGUGUCAAGGACGACACGGGAAAGAUGGUGGACGACUUUUGGCCGGCCGCUGUGAAGAUGAUUUCGGACAUGGGCUUCCUGCAGUCUUUGCAGACUUUCGACAAGGACAAUAUUCCUCCGGCAACCAUCAAGAAGAUCGCAGAGUACACUGUGAAGGAUGACUUCCAGCCAGAUCGCGUGCUGAAGGUGUCCACAGCAGCAUGGGGCCUUUGCAUGUGGUGCCGGGCGAUGGAGACGUACGACCGCGUUGCAAAGGUUGUUGCACCCAAGAAGGAGAGCCUGGCUGAGGCGGAGUCGUCUUACAACGCUAUGAUGGAGAAGCUCAAUGCAAAGC